AUUUUUUAUUCGAGGUACCAGAACCUCCCGCUCUCGCAUUGCCAUUCUCAAGGGAUAAACAUUUGAUUACAGAAGAACCUUAUCCCAUUACCAGUGAACAUUUGUAUGGAAAUAAGAGGAUUCAAUUGGAAUGAGCCAACAGAUCUUCCUGAGAACUUAGCGGAAGAUCCGAUGCCAGGUACUUCAGGAAUCAAUACGAUACAAUCAGAAACCUUGUUACCACACGAGCCAAUUAGUCAACGUGAAUUUCUGAUUGAAGGUAGUGAAAUUAAUAUACUUGCUCCUUCUACUCCUGAGAAGAGGCCUCUAACAUCUCCUACAGAGCCUCCUUCAAAAAGAAGUAAAAUCCAGCCGAUAAGUGCUGAGAGAGAAUUGAUACCUACGACUCUAAUUGAACUAGAACCAGCACCUGUGCCUGUAGCCGAAAUUAUACUAGAACAGCAAUCCGAGCAGCAGAUAGAAACACAUGCUAUGGCUCCUCCCAGAUUAUCUCUGGAACAGCAAUUGAUAGAAGCUUCUGAACAAUUUAAUCAAAUGAGAACACAGAGAAGGAUAAUCAUCGAUCGACAUACCAUGUUGGAUGGAACAUCAAUGCGUAGACGUAUGGAGAACGUUACAUUUCAGACUACACUUAAACCGUGUAAAGUUUCCUUACCGCUGAAGUUAUCAGCGCAAGAACAUCUAACGAAGCCUGCGAUGCACAUGUUUGGUACAAAAUGGGGAAAAACGUUAAUGACAUCCUUCCGUCGACGUUUGACUUACCCCUCGAUGGUACCAGACGAAUUUGAUGUACCUAGAUUUGAUGAUGUAAUAGCUGAAGAAAUUCUGCGAAAGGACGAAACGAGUAAAGUACCAGAUCAAACCGUCGAAAUAAGUCAACUCGCUAGGCUCGAAACAACCGAUCAAUCCAAGACAUUGGAGAGAACAGCUCCAUUGUUGGAUGUUGAAAGGGAGCUUGUAGAUCAAAUUGCAGAACAGCCACAAGCAGAAUCGCUGGUGCAAGUUCCAGAAAUUACUGUUCACGAAGAGAAACCUGAAGAAGCUGUCGUCACGGUCCGGAAGACAUUCGUUAGAAGUUCAUCAAUGCGUCUAACAAAACAAGAUCUACUUGCACAAAUGGAAGUUUUAUGGAGCAAUCAAUUAUGGAUAAAUUUCCACGAGUUGCUACCGCACAAUUGUAGUAAAAUAGAAACUGCACGUACCUUUGUACUCUGUUUAGAAUUGCAUGCGGAAAAGGUUAUUGUUUUAAAACAAGCCGAUGCGUUUGGCACAAUUUGGAUAGAAAAGUAUGUUGAGUACAGUGAGUCAGAAACUAGCACAGAAGUUACGAGUAGCUAAACUUUAAUUAUAUAAAUUUAUUUUUAUAAAACAAAUUUGUGUUAUAAUUUACGCUUGUGAUGUAUAAUUCGUCAGAACUGAGAUUGCUUAAAGCAAAUGAUCAAAUAAUUCGUAUGUAUAUUAGUUUUGUUUAUAUUAAUAACUUACAUUUGUAAUAGUAUAUUUAACAUACCCCAGAAUUUCACUUU